UUUUCUUCUUUCUAAUUAAAAGCUUUGGCUUUUUGAAAGGAUCACUGCUUUGGUGCUGCCUGACCAGUGAGACUUCUAAGCACAGUUCAACAGGAGGUCACACAGAACUGACAGACUUAAACUGGAGGAGGGAAGAUGAUGUCCUCGGAUGAGCCACAGAAGACAAUCAAUAACCCGAUCAUUCCGUAUGUUGGGACAAUUCUUGGUGGCCUUGUUCCUGGACAGCUGGUUGUAAUACAUGGGAGUGUUCCUGAUGAUGCAGACAGAUUCCAGGUGGAUUUCCAGUGUGGCAGUAGCAUAAAACCUCGUGCUGAUGUGGCCUUUCAUUUCAACCCUCGCUUCAAAAGAUCUGGUUGUGUUGUUUGCAACACACUGGAGAAAGAAAAAUGGGGCUGGGAGGAGAUCACUUAUGAGAUGCCCUUUCAAAAGGGGAAGUCAUUUGAAAUCAUCAUCAUGGUUUUGAAGGAUAAGUUCCAGGUGACUGUAAAUGAGAAGCACUUGCUGCUGUACAACCACAGGAUUAGCCUUGAAAGAAUAGAUACUCUUGGGAUAUAUGGCAAAGUGCGGAUCAAAAGUAUAGAUUUUAUUUCUAAUUCUUUACAAGGCGCUCAGCCAUCGUCUGUAGGAAUAACAAAGAUAAACACAGAAAAUGGGGAAACGCCAGAUGGUUCACGCUUCGGAGUUCCUUAUGUUGGCAGACUCGAUUCCGCGCUUCGUCCAGGACACACAGUUGCUAUUAAAGGAGAAGUGAACAAAAACCCAAAUAGCUUUUCUGUAAACCUGAAAUCAAGUGACUCAACGGACAUUGCAUUACAUCUGAAUCCGCGAAUGAAGACUAAAGUUUUUGUAAGAAACUCUUACCUCCAUGACAGCUGGGGAGAAGAAGAAAAGGAAGUUGCCAAUUUCCCUUUCAGUCCAGGGAUGUACUUUGAGCUGAUAAUUUUCUGUGAUGUCCAUCAGUUCAAAGUUGCGAUUAAUGGUGUACACACUCUGGAGUACAAGCAUCGCUUUAAACAGCUUGAAAAGAUCAACCUGCUGGAAGUCACAGGAGAUGUGCAAUUGCUAGAUGUGAGGAGCUGGUAGUUGCUUUCAAUCAAUCGGUACUAAAAGAAAGAAGUAAACUUACUUAUUCUACUGACACUUAUUUCUUCCUUGUCAAGAACAAACUGGUGCUGACUCUUCCUGAGCCUGUCUUUAUCUAUUCGGGCUUCUGUAUCUGCUGCUCCGGUUCAGGCGAGUACCAGAACUGCUAACUAACUCUGAAAUUAAAUCUUCCCCUAGUUUACAGUAUCCUGGCAAGAUAAGUAAUUAUCUGCUCAUAUAGAUCUCCUCUGUUACUGAAUGCAGCAAUAAAAAAAUGCUGCAUCAUACUGUGCCUAACAGCUGCACUCUGUAUGUUUAACUAUUACUAGUCAUUCCUUAAUAGCAUACAUGCAUUACUGUGAAGCAGCAAUUAGACUGAAAUAGGAUCUGAAAAUAUUACUAUUUAUUUACUGCUUAUGGGCCACUACCUAGUCAUUUAAAAUAGAAUUAUGAAAAGUAGUUUCCUGCUUCCAUUUUUUGUUAGUGAUUGUAGCCUUUUUGCCAGGGCUAGAUUAAGCAACCUGUUGACCCAACAGUUCCUGGGAAAGGCAAGGAGGAAUUUGAUCCUACUUCUUAGCCUGCUGCUGCACUGGUAUCCUCUCUGACAUUCACGGUUGUGGCAACUCUACAAGUGAGUGGCUUAAAUCAACCAUGUAGAAGCAUUUGUAGCUUUCAUUUUUCCAAAAUGAGGCAAAAAAAAAAAACCACCACUAGUUCUGAUCUUGUCAUGAGUUUCUGAAAACGCUGUAUUUGAUCUGAAAAGGGCUCCUAAGUGAGUUGAACUCAGAAACAUCUACUUCACUCCCUGAGCAAUCUCAUUUUAAAAUGUGUGAACGCAGGUGCUCUAGGCAUGGUUUCAUUUGAGGUGAGACUUGGAUAUCCAUCAGUGGAAUAGAAAAUGAAUCCUUUUUCAGAUUCUUGUAUUAAAAUGCUAUCUCUCUGAAACAAGCUGUUCCUACUCAGUUUUCCUUACAACUGGCAACAGUCUUAAUUUUUAUACUGUUACUUUUUAAGAAUAGUUACUGUCUGUCAGUAUAUGCUUGAAAGAUGUUCCUGUUUAAGAUAUCUUAAUACCUGCUAAAAGACUGAAGCAGUUUCAAGAAUAAGAUGUACCUGAAAAGAUGAUAAACUACUAGCUUUGAUGUAUAAAAACUGUAAAUGAAAAUAAAACUUGUGAACUAUGGUUUUCUUCAAGAGUA